UCGAUGUUGAUUGGUUGAUGUUGAUUGGUUGAUGCUGAUUUGUCGAUGUUGGUUGGUUGAUGUUGAUUGGUUGAUGUUGAUUGGUCGAUGUUGAUUGGUUGAUGUUGGUUGGUUGAUGUUGAUUGGUCGGUGUUGAUUUGUUGUGUUGGUUGGUUGAUGUUGAUUGGUUGAUGCUGAUUGGUUGAUGUUGAUUGGUUGUGUUGCAGAGACAGCCUUCCUGUGGACUACGUUCAGGGGAUUCCUCUGUGUAUGUCUCAGCACGAGCAGCUCUUCUCGUCCUGCAGGAUCCCACACCCCGACAUCGACACUCUCACUUUUUACGCCAAAACCGCCGACCCUCCCAAACACGUCAGCGUGGUUCACAACGGUCAGGUCAGACACACCUGAUCAGCUUUAUUGAUCCAUUCCUCCGUUCAGCCGCAGACCCACUUAAAUACACACUGUGUGAAGAGAACCUGAGUGUGUGUGUGUGUGUGUGUGUGUGUGUGUGUGUUCUCAGUUCUUCGCGCUGGACGUUUACCACGACGACGGGACGCAGCUGAGCGUGGACGAGCUCAGCGCUCAGCUGGAGAAGAUUUACGACUCAUCGCCGAAAACUGAGGAGGAUCCAAUCGGCAUCCUGACGUCUCAGCGCCGAGACGUGUGGGGGCGGGUCCACCAGAAACUCAUCCAGGGUGAGGGGGCGGAGCUCCACAACAACAACACAAACACAACAACAUCAAUAACAACAACAACAGCACAAAAACACACUGACCCCACACUCGUCUGUAGUAAUGAGGGGGCGGGGUCUCAGCUCACCUGUGUCAGGUGUUCACAGGUUGAUCAGGUUGUUUACCUGCUGAAGCGUCAGUCUGACCUCUGACCUGUGUGUCCAGAUGAGACCAACAGGGCGUCGGUGUCGUGGAUCCAGAGCAGCAUCUGUCUGAUCUGUCUGGACGGGCCGAUGCCCCCGGUGGACGACAACAGAACUCGCAUGAAGGAGAUUCAGCAGCUGCUGUACGGAGGAGGGAGCAGGUGGAACAGCGCCAACCGCUGGUUUGACAAGGGGAUGCAGGUCUGUGCUGACUCUAUAUAUACAUACAGAGAUCUGAUUGGCUGCUGUGAAGGGGCGGAGUUUAGCCUCACCUCAAGCGUCCUUUAUUUGACUCUGAGUUUCUGUUUCGGGUCAGUUCAUCAUCGGAGAGGACGGCACAUGUGGAGGUCACAGUCUUCACACCGUCGCUGAUGGGAUCAUCUCUCUGGAUAUUUUAGACUACAUCAACACAAACAUGUGAGUCUCACACACACACACACACACACACACAAACACACACACACACACAGGAGGAAGAGUCAGGGUCAUGUGAUCUGUUCUGGGUUAUCUUAAAGGUCAAAGGUCAGCGAGUUUCUCUGACCUGUUAAAACUGAUUUUUCUUUUUGUGUUUUCAGGAGCAAAGAGAAACCGGAGAGCUCCAAGUCCCCGGUGAAGGACUUACCGAGUCCUCAGAAACUCCAGUUCAACAUCUCACCGGAGAUCAGCGAGGACAUCCAGGAGGCCAAGGAGCACAUGGACAUGUGAGCGAGUCCUCUGAGAGACGCACCUGAGAGUGAACGAGUCAGAGAGUCAGCGAGUCUGAGAGUGAACGAGUCAGAGAGUGAACGAGUCAGAGAGUCAAAGAGUCACAGAGUCUGAGAGUGAACGAGUCAGAGAGUCAGAGAGUCUGAGAGUGAACGAGUCAGAGAGUCUGAGAGUGAACGAGUCAGAGAGUCAGAGAGUCUGAGAGUGAACGAGUCAGCGAGUCAGAGAGUGAACGAGUCAGAGAGUGAACGAGUCAGCGAGUAAACAAAUCAGAGAGUCAGCGAGUGAACGAGUCAGAGAGUGAAUGAGUCAGAGAGUGAACAAGUCAGAGAGUAAACGAGUCAGAGAGUAAACGAGUCAGAGAGUCAGAGAGUCAACGAGUCUGAGACUGAACGAGUCAGAGAGUCAGAGAACUAAACUGUAAACCACUGCAGGAAGUUUCCCUGAACUCUUGUCUUCACUGAGAAUCAAGUUUCAAACACACUGAGAUCAUCAGAGGAAUAAAAACCUCUCCUCUUUCUCUCUCCCCCUCCCCUCCUUCCUUCCUCCUCUCCUCUUUCUCUCUCCCCCUCCCCUCCUUUCUUCCUCCUCUCCUCUUUCUCUCUUCCCCUCCCCUCCUUCCUUCCUCCUCUCCUCUUUCUCUCUCCCCCUCCCCUCCUUCCUUCCUCCUCUCCUCUUUCUCUCUCCCCCUCCCCUCCUUCCUUCCUCCUCUCCUCUUUCUCUCUCCCCCUCCCCUCCUUCCUCCUCUCCUCUUUCUCUCUCCCCCUCCUUCCUUCCUCCUCUCCUCUGUCUCUCUCCCCCUCCUUCCUUCCUCCUCUCCUCUUUCUCUCUCCCCCUCCUUCCUUCCUCCUCUCCUCUUUCUCUCUCCCCCUCCCCUCCUUCCUUCCUCCUCUCCUCUUUCUCUCUCCCCCUCCCUUCCUUCCUCCUCUCCUCUUUCUCUCUCCCCCUCCCCUCCUUCCUUCCUCCUCUCCUCUGUCUCUCUCCCCCUCCCUUCCUUCCUCCUCUCCUCUGUCUCUCUCCCCCUCCCCUCCUUCCAUCCUCCUCUCCUCUUUCUCUCUCCCCCUCCCCUCCUUCCUUCCUCCUCUCCUCUUUCUCUCCCCCCUCCCCUCCUUCCUCACCCCUCUGUCCCCCCCAGGUUGGCCACAGGUCUGGACAUGAAGGGGAAAAUCUUUGAGCACUUUGGGAAACACAAUCUGAAGUCUUUAAAGACCAGUCCUGACGCCUUCGUGCAGAUGGCGCUGCAGCUGGCCUACUUCAGGUGAGAGGAUGAAAAAGAAACCAGCGUUUAGACUCAUCCACCAAUGAGACAGUCUGUAGAUGUUUCAUAUGAAACAGCGCCCUCUGCAGACCACAGCUCAGAGAGACCGUCUUCCAAAGCUGAGCUGUCAGAUCCUCAGAGUUCACGAUGAAAACAUGAUCCCGUCAUAAAUGUUUGUUAUUUCCUCUCCUGGUCAGGACGUACCAGCAGGUGGCGCUCACGCUGGAGCCCGUCACUCUGCGGCUCUUCAGACGAGGACGUUUGGCACUCGUGAACUCAUUGUCGAGCGCCUCGGCGGCUUUCAUCAGAGCGUUUGACGAUCCUCAGGUUCAGGUCUGAUAGUCCGUCUCUGUUUCUAUCAUUUCAGAUUAUCAGUAAGAACAAAAGUCUCUACGUGAACUUUGAAAAGUGACCCGAUCAACCUCUGAGGGAAAAACCCAAAACCUGAAUUUAACCUCUGAUAAAGUCAUAAAGUUUUUUUUCUUCAGCUUCAAUCAUUCCUGAUUUUUUUGUGUUUGAACAGAAUCUAGAAAAACUUCAUCUGCUGGAGAAGGCCAUCAAAGCUCACCGGUGGACCAUAACCAUGGUGAGAUACACUCCACUGUCACUGACCGAGCUGCAGUUUACCUGUCUAUGGAGAGGGGCCGACACGGACCGGACAUGUAGAUAUAAACGCACAUAAAUAAUCAAUAUAUAAAAUUUAGAUAUGUAGAUAUAAAAGAUAUAGAUUUAUAGAUGUAGAUGUUUAAUGAUGAUAAAUAUAUGAGAUAUAGAUUUAUUCAUGUAGAUAUGAACUGAGCAGAGUUAUGAAUGAUGGCUCAGCAUGGAACAGAGACCGUGAUCUGAGGUGUGGUCUACAGACAGUCUGCUCCUCUCAGGGUCUUCUUACUCACGGGUUUUACCACCAAAAUAAAGGAGGUUCUCCCGUGACCCCCCAGAGAACCUCAAAGUCUCUGUUUUUCAGGGAGUCCGGGGUCAGGCAAUAGACGGACACCUUUUCGGUUUGAUGAUGCAGGCGAUCGAGGACGAUAUCCCCACUCCUGAGAUCUUCACAGAUGUCUCCUUCGAGAAAGCAUUCUCAGACUUCCAGCUGUUAACCAGCCAGGUGAGGGCGGGGGGCGGGGCUUAAACGUUUGAUCUAAACAUGUGUAUGUGUGUAUGUAUCAGAUGGAGACCUCUCUGUUGAGAUCACACUGAAGUUCUCAUGUCUGGAUCUUCUCCCUUCUGCUCCAUCAGGCCACAGCAAAGACCGGGAUCAUUCCCUGUUUCGGUCCUGAGGUUCCUGGAAAGUUCAGCAUCUCUUACGGCGUCAUGGACAAACACAUCGAGUUUAUGGUGUACUACUUCGACGGUCCUGAGAGCAGCAGAGAGAAGACGUCGGCGGGGAUGCUGCGGGCCGUGGAGGAGGCUCUGCUGGACAUGAGGACCCUGUUAGAACAAACCCAGAGAGACCGGAACCAAGUCUGACCCGGACCUCCACUGUCGGAACUUCAUCAUCAUCGUCAUGUUCAUAUUAAAAUUAGAGUGUAAACUAUCAGUGAUCAAUACGAUCAAUAACCAGGAUCAAUAUGAUGAUUAUUGUCUGUACCUGAUUCAGCAGAUUUAUUUACUGUGUAAAAAGUUUGUUAUUAAAGUCUGACUGUGACUCAGA